GGGGGUGUUUCCUUAUUUUUCCUUCCUGUGGAAGCCAGCAAAGGCAGCUGCUGGAGAUUAGCAAUUUGGAUCCAGGCUUGAAAAAGAUAAUUAACUUUUCUUUUUACCCGUUGAAAACCAAGGAGAUAGGGUUUGCUUCGCCCUAGGAAAGGAACAGCGCAAUGGAAGUAUUUUUUGGAAACCUGCCUCAGAAGAAUCUCUCCGGCCGUUUCAAGAGCGUUGGGGUCAAGAAAGGCCUGAUCCUGCACAAGAGGCCAGCACUUCCCAAGCCGGCCCCCCCCAAAGCGUCUCAGCCUCCAAAUGGGUCCCAACAGGGAAAACCACCCAUCGGGCCGGAAGCCAAGGACCGUCAAGAUGACCUCCGGGACCCCAUUGACUGCUCUGAGAUGCCGGAUUUGGAGCUUGUGGCCCACCCCGGACCCCCGUCGGCGGAAGGCGGCCCCCCCGCCGGACCCCCAGCCCAGGCCCUCCUCCAGCCCCCGGUCCAGUAUGCCGUCCCCUUCGAAAUGAGGAGCCUCUUCCUGAUCCAGAUGCUCAAGGCCUGCUUCCGGGAGGCCGGCUGGCUGCUCUCCGCCCCCAAGGUCUCCGGCCGGGCCGCCCUGAUGGUCACCGAGUCCUUCCCGCAGACGCCCUUCUUCUGGGCCAUACGCCUCACCAAGGAGUGUCCCGGGCGGAUGGAGGCGCUGUUCUGGGCGUUGGGCCAAGCGGAGUCCGGGUCGGCGUUCCUGAGCAAGCGGGAGGCCCAGCGCGGGGGGCGGUGCCUGGCCGAGUGCCCCAUCGGGGAGGAGGGCAGCGCGUGGAACCGGGCCUGGAUCCUGGAGCGGGUGGGCGACCUGGCCGUGGUCUUCUUUGUGGACUUUGGCCAUUCGGCCACCCGGCCGCUGACCUCUCUGCGGAAGCUGGAGGAGGACACGUGGUGGUCCGUCGGCCCCCUGGCCCAGCCCUUCAUGCUCCAAGGCCAGGUCUUCCCGCCGCACGUCAUGAGGAGACGGAUCGUGGAAGGGACGGUGGCCGGUCCUUUGGAGAGGGAGCCCCACAUCUUGAAGUUCGUCCUCCAAGGAGAAGUCCCGAAAGAUUCCGGCGAAGUCUAGACGAAACUUGCUCUGGUGACGGAUGACUCGUCCAGGUGUUGGGACUACAAAACGCAUUGUUUUGGGGAUGAGAGUUCAUGCCCUGAAGUUUCCUUGCAUUUUUGUUGACUUGUUUUUUCUUUUGGAAAAAACUUGGGCCCUCCCUCCGGGUGUUUUGGACUCCAACUCCCACCAUUCCUAACAGCCUACCGGCUGUUAGGAAUGGUGGGAGUUGGAGUCCAAAACACCCGGAGGGAGGGCCCAAGGAUCCGAUUGUUUUGCAUCAGAUGCAUUUUCUGUUCUUCCCAUUACGGAGUUUAUGAAAUCUACGCUCUGGAUGUUUUUCCUCUUUUGCAUCCGGGAAAAUAAAAAUUGCAACUCUAUGUACCA